UCAAAGAAAAAGUGGCAUCCAACCAAUCCCAUUAAGUCAUCAUCAUCUUCCCUAUUCAUUUUCAUGCUUUCAUCCUUCAAUUUUUCACCUACUACCACAACAAGCUCCUUAACCCCCCUUCCAUUUCCAUCUAAACAACACACUUUAUUGCAACUUAACUGUCUCUCUCUCACACACACACAAACACGUACACUUUAUGGAUAAGUACCCCCGUUUCAUGAUCAUUGAUGAACUAAAACAUCUAUGUGAACUCUGCUUGUGUUAUAGUUUCUUAUUCUUGAGACUUUUUCUGGCAAGUUUUGAACAAAGUUUCAACAGGUUAGAAUGGAUUCGUUCAAUCAGAGUCAUCAAACUACCAGCUUCAGGUACAAUCCAAACUCGAACACAAUGAAUCAUGCAGAUGAUGAUGCUGAGUUCUCAGGGAUUCUUGAUAUCUAUGUUCAUCAUGCUAGGAACAUUCACAACAUAUGCAUGUAUGAUAAUCAAGAUGUGUAUGCUAAGUUCUCUCUAACAUACAACCCUGAUGAGACUCUCUCCACCAGUAUCAUAAAUGGUGGUGGAAAAAACCCAAUAUUCAAUGAAAACUUGAGGAUGAAGAUAACCCAGAUGGAUGCCGUUCUCAAGUGUGAGAUUUGGAUGUUCAGCAGGUCAAGAAAUCACUUGGAAGACCAGCAUUUGGGAUUUGCUUUGGUCCAAAUUUCACAAGUUGUUGGCAAAGGAAAGGUGACAGAAGAUUAUAGCCUUUCCUCCACUGAUCUUUUCCAUUGUCCUCCUGGAACUGUCAAAUUGACACUGUCUUUGGACACAUCAUUUUCAAUCAAUUCCACUGUGAAUCCCAUAUCACAAUCAGCUACUAAUUCAUCCAUAUCUUCAGAAGUUGUUUUGCUUGAUCCAAAAAUUUCACAAGAUAUGUCAGACCCAGUUGAGUAUUCUAGAAUUGAAUUUCCUGAUGUUAGUGUGACGAAGGAGAACCAGAAAAUGGUUUCUGAGUACUUCAAUUUGGAAUCUUAUGGUUCUUCUGCUUCAAGGCCUAAUUCAGUGGGAUUGCUACCAUUUCUUCACCUUGGUGCUUCUCCUCGAGGUGAUGAUUAUGAAAUGACUGUGACUGCACCAGAUGAGAAUCAUGAAUCCACUUCUCCAUAUGAGAGCAUUCAGAAAUCUGUGUUCCCAAGUUCUACUACUACGAGCUUAAGUGAUGAAAGAAACACAGGUGAUUCAGUUGAGGAAAAGAACAACUUAAGGGAUAACACAUCAAAUUCUUUCAAUGUUUCAAUCACAGUUGAAGGUUGUCAGAACUCUGGUGCUAGUCCAGAUACCCCAACUUCCAAGAAAGAAACUGGAGCCAGAGAUGAAAAGGAAUCAAAGUUCACAUCAAGGAAGGAAAAGGAGAUCAAUAGUGAUAGAAAUACAGAAGCUACAAGAUUUGGUCAAGUUUUUUCUGCUCCACUAGGGAACAUCAACAUGGAGGCUGAGCAAUCAGCUAUGCAGCAGCAAAUAGUUGACAUGUACACGCGAAGCAUGCAACAAUUCACCGAGUCUUUGGCAAAAAUGAAACUCCCAAUGGACCUUGACAAACCCGAGAGUGAAGGUCAAGGUGAUGUGGUUCAAAAUCAUAACAGCAACAAGUUAGAAACUGAUAAGAAAAAGGAUGGAUCACGUGUGUUUUACGGUAGCCGAGCUUUCUUCUAGUUAUAUCUUGAUGCAGCAAAUGUGGUAUGGUUGGUAGAUAACCACGUGCCUAAAGAAUGUGGUAAGGGAUUUGAUCUCCAAGCUAAGUUUGUGUGUAUGGAAGAGUAUCUAUUGAGAGACGUUAAUCCCUUAAGUGAAUCUUAGUACCUCAAAUGAUUGGUCUCUGGCUUUCGGUGGGGAUACUCCAGAUUCACCAAAAAGAAAAAAAAACGUUAUAUCUUGAUGCAGCAGAAACAUGAAUACUUUAGUUUAUUGUAACAUGGGGUACCUCAGUUUCUCUGGUGAUAUUUAUUAAUUAUGAUAGAUUUUAGUUAAUCCUGUAUUGUUUAACCUUCCCUUUACAAUCUUGUAUUUUAGUGCAACACUGUACCCCAAAAAAGAUACCUUCAUGACUAUGUAUUUCUUUCUCUAUAAUGUAGUCAUGGGAAUGCUUGUGUUAAUUUCCUAUGCUAUUCAAAUCAUGGAGCAUUUUAAGAUGUGUUUAUUCA